AUGACUCGUCUUAAGGGUAAAAGCCGGUCCUGCUACAGCUUGGCACACAGGCUGCACAUAGGCUAUGGCCAACAGAGCAUGAGAUCCACAGACUCCUCCGCAGAUCAAUGGGAUGAGUCAAUACCGCGGACGGUGAGAGGUCUUUCCCUGCUCGAUACAAUCGACCUGGAAGAGACGGCGGAAGGAACUAUCUCUUCAGCACAAAGCCCCUCCCAGGGAGGCUACACGACUAGCAACCCUUCUGGAGCUGGCCGAAGUUGCCUAAACCAGGGUUAUCGAAGGGGUAGGCAAGAUAACGAGGAUGACUACGACGGGGAGGAUGGUCUCGGUGUAUAUCCUUACAUGCCCCGGGACCAAGCGAUCAAGGAGACAAAGCGGAACCACUUUGCUUGUCCUUUUCAUAAACGUGAUCCCUCAAAAUACGGGAGCUGGCGUGACUGUGGUCAUCCCCACAGCUCUAUUGCAAGCGUCAAGCAAGCAACGACCUCCAAGCAGCCCCUUUCGCGCGUUUUCUAA